AUGGAGACCGUGAACACCUCCGAGCGCCUGGCCAAGCUGAGGCAGUUGAUGCAAGAGCACAAGGUGGAUGUUUAUAUCGUUCCUUCAGAAGAUAGUCACCAGUCGGAAUACAUUGCGCCAUGCGACGGCCGUCGAGAGUUCAUCUCAGGUUUCUCCGGCUCAGCUGGAACGGCCAUAAUCUCCUUGUCCAAGGCAGCAUUGUCCACAGACGGCCGUUACUUCAACCAGGCUGCCAAGCAGCUUGACAACAACUGGGUGCUGCUCAAGCGGGGCGUUGAGGGUGUUCCAACCUGGCAAGAAUGGACUACGGAGCAGGCCGAGGGUGGCAAAGUAGUUGGUGUCGACCCAGCAUUGAUUACAGCCUCUGGUGCCCGUAGUCUUUCAGAGACCCUGAAGAAGAAGGGCUCGUCCCUUGUUGGCGUCCAGCAGAAUCUUGUUGACUUGGUCUGGAAGGAUGACAAACCUGCUCCUCCGAGGGAGAAGGUGACUGUUCACCCGGAGAAGUAUGCUGGCAAGAGCUUCCAGGAGAAGAUCCAGGAUCUGCGCAAGGAAUUAGAGAACAAGAAGGCUGCUGGUUUCGUUAUCUCGAUGCUGGAUGAGAUUGCUUGGCUGUUCAACCUUCGUGGCACUGACAUUCCCUACAACCCCGUGUUCUUUUCAUACGCUAUCGUUACCCCCACCACUGUUGACAUUUACGUUGAUGAUGAUAAACUUACGCCGGAGGUGAAGGCCCAUCUUGGUCAGGACGUCGUGGUCAAGCCUUAUGAUUCGAUCUUCGCGGAUGCCAAAGCACUAAGCGAGGCUCGGAAGCAGCAAGCUGAGGGUGCGUCUUCUAAGUUCCUUGUAUCUAACAGGGCUUCUUGGGCUCUAAGCCUUAGCCUCGGAGGCGAGGAGCAGGUUGAGGAGGUCCGUAGCCCUAUUGGCGAUGCCAAGGCGGUCAAAAACGAAGUUGAGCUCGCAGGCAUGCGGGCCUGUCACAUCCGUGAUGGUGCAGCCUUGUCGGAGUACCUGGCCUGGCUCGAGAAUGAGUUGAUCAACAAGAAGACAACCCUGGAUGAGGUGGAUGCUGCAGACAAGCUGGAGCAAAUCAGAUCCAAGCACGAUCUCUUUGCUGGCCUGUCGUUUGACACUAUCUCCUCUACGGGUCCUAACGGUGCCGUCAUCCACUACAAGCCCGAGAAGGGAAGCUGCGCAAUCAUUGACCCUACCGCCAUCUAUCUCUGUGACUCCGGCGCUCAGUACCUGGAUGGAACAACUGACGUGACCCGUACAUUCCACUUCGGCAAGCCCACAGAGCUUGAGAAGAAGGCAUUCACUCUUGUGCUGAAGGGUCUUAUCUCGAUUGACACUGCUGUAUUCCCCAAGGGCACUAGUGGCUUUGCGCUUGAUGCGCUUGCGCGACAGCACCUGUGGAAGGAGGGUCUCGAUUACCUGCAUGGAACUGGUCAUGGAGUCGGUUCUUACCUGAACGUGCACGAAGGUCCUAUUGGCAUUGGCACGCGCGUACAAUACACUGAAGUCCCCAUCGCUCCUGGCAACGUUAUUUCCGACGAACCCGGCUUCUACGAAGAUGGAAAGUUUGGUAUCCGUAUUGAGAACAUUAUCAUGGCACGCGAAGUGCAGACGACGCACAAGUUCGGUGAUAAGCCCUGGUUGGGCUUCGAGCACGUCACGAUGGCUCCUAUCGGUCAAAAUCUGAUUGAGCCCUCUCUUCUCACUGAUGCCGAGCUCAAGUGGGUCAAUGAUUACCAUGCUGAGGUCUGGGAAAAGACACACAACCGCUACGAUCGCGGUGAUGGCGGGUACGGCAGCAACGGCAGCAACGGGAGCAAUAGCUUAGGGAUGAAUGGAUAUGGAGGAGGAGGCGGAGGCGGUGCCGAUAGCAGCGGUGCAUCAGGGGCCCGCGAUCUCCGGCCUGGAGGCUAUGGUGGCUUCUACCCGGAGGCGUCGCCGUCGUCCUUAUCGCCGGCUCAAUCGCCGGAGCGACGCCAUGACCGGUGGGAUCGCGACCCCGAGCAUUCGUCGUCGCGGUCUAGAACCAGGGAGGGCGAUGCGGAGAGGGCGACGUUGGGCUCUCGAGACGGUCGGACGCCGCGUGGGGAGACGAGUUGGUUGGGAGGCAGCAGCAGCCGCGAACGCGAAUGGGAACGGGAGCACAGGGCAAUGAAUUCUGCUGGACGCGCGGGGGGCCAGGGAGGAGGCUCUCAGGCUAUUGAAGAUGUGUUACAGAUGGUACAACGUGAAUGGGACUUCGUGGCCUCUGAAAGCUGCGUUCCGGUGCAGGUGGCGUUACAAUUGAUGGACACGAGCACGCUGGGAAAGGCAGAGCGCGAAACGGAGUUCCUGGAGAUCCAUGAUCAAAUACAGCGGACGCUGAAGUCGGUCGUCAAUGAACACCAUCAGGGCUUCAAUAGUUCUAUCGGUACAUAUCAUAAGAUCCAGACCAGUAUUCAGACUUCGCAGACUCGCGUGCGCAACCUGAAGAACGCCCUUGAGGGAGCGAAAUCGGGCUUGCUGUCCACCAAGCCCGAGCUGAAAGGGCUGGCUACAUCUUCGCAAAAAUACGACGACAUCAUUCAGCUGUUCAGCCAGAUCCAGGAGAUUCAAUCGCUGCCGGAGAAGCUGGAGUCCCGCAUCUCCGAUAAGCGUUUCCUUGCCGCGGUUGAAGUGCUGCAUGACGCGCUACGGCUGUUGCGGCGUUCUGAACUCGAGAACAUCGGGGCGCUGGCGGAUAUUCGCGCGUACUUCGGUAGCCAGGAGGCUUCUCUGACGGAUAUCUUGAUCGAAGAAUUGCAUGAUCAUCUGUAUCUGAAAUCUCCUUACUGCGCCAAUCGGUGGAAACCCCCAACAGCCGAGGGAGAGGGCAACGGCGUCAAUGCUUCCAGCUGGUCUGGUAACAACGCCUGGGAACGCCCUGUCUACAACUUUUUGGCCAAGCUGGAUGCCUCUAACCCGAUGGUGGAGGAUGCUUCUCGGAACCCCGAAGCCGACACAUUCUACUACAUUCAGUUACUUAUAGAAGCGCUCAACAAGAUGGGUAAUCUUGACAUCGCGGUGGAUCGGAUCGAGCAGAGACUCCCUGUCGAACUGUUCUCCGUUGUGGACAAGACGAAUGCCGAGAUCGACGCACGUUACCCCGAGUUGUCUACCCGUGGCUUUGCAGCCCAAGACAGCAGAAGCGGCGUGGCAUCGAAGACCAUCGAGAAGCGUGGCCACGUGCUGACCGAAUUCUUGUGGACAUUGUACGCCAAAUUUGAGUCUAUUGCCGAGGGCCACCGUGUCAUCCAUGACGUGAUCGCAGCCAUUGUUACACGAGAGGGCAUCCCGAAAAGCAACACGCUUGCUGGUGGGUUCAAGGAGCUUUGGAAGCUUUAUCAGAGCGAGAUUCGCUCGCUCUUGCACGACUACUUGGCUACUGAUGGAGAGUACCGACCGAGAGAUGAAGACGACGCUAGGCGUCAAAUGUACACGGGCAUGCGAGACAAGAACAAAAAAAUGUUCAAGCUGUCCGAAACAGAUCAAACCACAGAGAUUCAAGCCGAGCAGUCUGAACUGGACGAGAUUCUCAGGUCGUCUGUGCCGGGCUUAGUGAUCAAGUCUAAUCAGAAAUUCGCAGUGACCGAUACCUCCGAUGCUAAGCAAGGCAACUCGGGUACUGGCCACAAGAUCCUCAUUGAACCAAGUGUAUUCAAUAUCAGUCUCGUGCUGCCGCCCUCUCUCUCUUUCAUUCAACGGUUGAAGGAGAUCGUGCCGGUGGAUUCGGAUCUUGCGAUGACCACCUUGACAUCCUUCCUGGAUGACUUCUUGGUCAACGUAUUCUUACCUCAACUUGAUGAUACAGUCACAGACCUUUGUACCCUUACUAUUGUCUCACCCGAUGCAUUCACAGAAGACCCCCAAUGGUCCACGGUCUCGCCUCGACCCGUCUUCAAGGGAGCGGUCAAGCUCAUGUCAAUCAUCCAAGACUUUAGCAAGAUGCUAUCCAGCAUUCCUCCUGAUCAAGCCUUCACACAGCUGCUUCUUACUCAGAUCGUGACUUACUACGAUAAGUGUUGUGGAUGGUACAAAUCAAUUGUGACCAAGAAAUCUCCGCGAGACAAGGGAGAGCCCCGGCUCAAGGCCGCUGCAGGCUUUGCUGAAGCUGGAGACGUUCAUGAUGUCGUUGCCGAGCUCUGGAAAAACGAAACGAAUGAUAAAUGGGCACUUGUCGAUAAGGAAAUUGAGCUGCUUCUCCAGCUGACCUCCGAAAUCCCGUUAGAGCCUUACGACAUCAUUUCCGACCCUAAGACUGUGGUGGCUCUGUCGCUCCUCUACAAUAGCAUGCAAUGGUUUGCGAGUCACCUAUCCCAGCUACGCCAAAUCAUCCCGACCUCGGAAGCUCGACGCCCGGAAACCGGGCCUCCUAACCGUCGUUGGACCUUGAUCGGGGCGAUGAAGUCCAAGGUCGAUGGUGUCAGUCAGCCGAUAUAUUUGCCCCUAAGCCAAGAAACGGCGACUAUCUUCGACAACACUCUUGGGUCACUGCGCGAAUUGGCGCACACCGCUCUGUUCGCCCUCCACAUCGAUUGUCGGUGUGGCGUCAUCCAUAUGCUGAAGAAGACGAUGGCAGGGCCUAAUCCUCGAAACUCGCGCGCUUCUGAGCCUACGACGCCAUCUCCCAGCACUACCACUCACUGGUGGCAUAUUUUGAUGAACCAGCCCACUGCUGCAUCGCCUACGAUUCUAGAAUUGAAUGGUGAUCUGAUCGGCUUCGACAGUAACAUCUCCACUUACCUCGGUUCAUCUGAGAGAUGGUUCAUUACCUCUGGGCUUGCUCGCUUCAUCGACCAGACCUUUGUGGCCAACACUGGCCUGAUCGGCGCUAUAAACGAGAACGGAGCCUUGCGCCUUCAACUGGACGUCCUCGUCUUGCAACAGAACCUGAAGAACAUCAUCAUCGAUCCGAUGCAGGAUCCGGCGCAUGACGGAACCACCAGCCCCCACGAAGAGCACCACGAGGUGGUCGCGCUCCCGCGCAGCGCCAAGUUCCUGGACUGGUUUCUCGAGGGCGCCGAGAAAGCCCUCGACUACGCCAAGGAAGAGAAGGAGUCCUUUGCUGCCCAUGGAGAGAAAGCGCUGGCCGCUGGCAACGGAGAACCCUUCACGUACGAAGAGCUCAAGAUCCUCAUCGAUCUCUGCUUCUCGGAUGCUUUGCUCGGGCCCAGAGGAGUGGAUAACCGGGAGGAAUUUAUGGCUGCCAAGAAGGCCAGUGCGGAAGCUCUGCUGAGAUUGAAUGAAGUGAUGUGGGAUUCCAAGUAG